GUUACCGGUUCUUCUACUGGGUUUGGAAGGGCGAUGGUAGAAGAGGUCCUACGUAAUGGCGAGAUUGCGGUCGCAACGCUGCGCAAGCCCUCCGUCUUCGACGACCUCGCCGCCAAAUAUCCCCACACCCAGCUCCUAGUGCUCCCGCUCGACGUGACGAACGAGGGGCAAGUCAGGUCUGUAUUUGUACAGGCCAAGGAUGCCUUUGGGCGCGUCGAUGUUGUGUACAACAACGCGGCUCAGUUAUUGUUUCAGGAGCUGGAGGGGGUGCCAAUGGACCGUGCCAGGGCGCUGAUGGAUGUCAAUUUCUGGGGCGCGGUAAGUGUAAGCUUUGAGGCAGUGAAAUUCUUUAGAGAAGUGAACCCGAAAGAUGCUGGGGGGAUGCUCGUGCAAGUAUCAAGCAUGGUAGGGACCACGGGUGUCCCGCUACUCGGGUUCUAUAACACCACGAAAGCAGCCUUGGAUUCGUUCACCGAAGUCCUGGCACAGGAAGUCCUUCCCGCUUGGAACAUUCGGCUCGUGAAUGUUCACCCAGGUUGGACGCGCACGCCUAUUCUGUCCAGCGACAUGCUCGAACCUCCAGCACUGUAUGCGUCGGAACCGACAGCCGCGACAACGAAGAGGCGUGCUGGGUGGGAUGCGUUCGUCAAGAGCGAUCUGACCGACAUUGAAACCGUGACGAAGCGCAUUUGGUCGGUGACACGGAUGGACGAUGAGGACCUGCGUAAAGGUGUUCAGGAGGGCAUUCCAGGUCUCGUGAACAUGUAUACGGGCAUGGACUCGCUGGAGUGUAUGCAUGCAAAAAUUGGCCGCCUGCAUGGCGAGAUGAUGUGGAAUACAAAGGUUCAUUAUGAGUACUAG